CUUAUACUGACUUGAAAGCGUAAUUACUUACGUUGAACUCAAAGCCUUGACGCAAACUUGCGGCUGGCCUCCUAGUACGCAGCCUCAGCUGUACCCCUUUCUAUCGUGGCAGUUUGUAACAUCCAUUUGCAUAAAUCUGACGCGAUACUACAGUGAAGAAGAUAUACAUGGGCCAAAUAACGUUCGCUGCUCCUCAGUCCCCGUCCCAGCACGCGCGAUCACCUUCACGCGGAGGAAGCAAUCUAGGACAUGGUCCGCAAACCCGGACGCCACCUCUGUCCAGCGGAAGCAGAGACUUUGUUGAUACUGUUAGCUGCCCAAGUCCUUCGUCGUCGGAAUCACGUAUUGCUCGCUUUAAAGCUGGCGCCAUCUACGCUCCAGGGGAUUUUCCUACUCCGGAGCUUCCUGGGUAUCCUCUACUGAGGUAUCUCAUUCUGGAGCCUUCAUCUGAGAAUGGAUAUACGUCGACAAGCAUCCAGAACGCUCUAGACGAGCUCGGUCCUUCAGCUACUCUAUACCUACCCGCCAGAACGACGUGGAGUAUCCACAAGACCAUUACUCUACAAGAAUAUCAAGAGAUCGCGACACUCGGGUAUCCCACUUCGCACGAUGAUAUGGCGCUCCUAGUGGCACAGGAGGAUUGCAUUCCUCAUGUCAUCCACGCAUUGGACAAAUCUGGUGUUCGAAUUCGCAACUUGAUCCUCGAAGGUAAUAAGGAGAGAUAUGGGUGGGACGAAAAAUGUGGCUGUAUCAUUCAGCUUGGUGGACAAAAAGCGCAUAACCAGGUUCUUGAUCGCUGCGUCAUUCGUAACCCAAGACAUCGAUCUUGUGUUCAAGCGGUCGACGGUGCUCACAAUGUCCGCAUCACGAACAAUUUCGUUGGCCCUGCUGGUGCCGGAUGUGACAUUGAACAAGGUCAUUCUGCCGAUGGCAUUUCGUUUGCGGCUGCAGAUGGCUUGAUCGCGGGGAACCUUAUCACCGAUACUACACGCGGAGGCAUAGUGUUAUUCAACACAACCGGAACGCUUGUUACCUCGAACACCGUGGUCACGAAGAGUCGUGUUGGUCAAGGCGCCAUCAAUAUGGUAGACCACCUCAACGGCAAAUACAACUUUACCCGUGUAGACCACAACACCAUCGUCACCACAGGAACGAUGCUCAAGAUCGGGAUCGGUCAGGGUCUCUCGGUCUGGUCGGCUCCCCACAUGCGUCAGGUCAACUACGGCGGUACCGUCUCCCACAACCGCAUCACUCGCGACCUUACCUAUGUUCCAGGCGCAGGUCAUGGACUCGGCGAAGGUACGAUUGGGUAUGGUUAUCCCGUCGGGAGUGAUAUCGCCCAUUGGACGUGCCUCGACAACGUCUCCGAUCCUAGUGUCAUUUACGGUGGAGAUAUUUCCGGCACGUUGCCCGAGUGUCUCAACGCCAGUCCUGGCGCUUUCGUCCAUGACAGAUACGGAAACUCAGAUAGCGAAGAACCAGAUAUGGGUACGUUGAGGCUGCAGCCGGAGUUUAUCCAGGGUAAAGUUUGGGGUAUACUUCGCAUCGAACCUGGCCCAUCCAAGAUCCUCGUGUACGAUGGUGGUGACCUCAAAUUGCAUCGCGGCCAGUCACUGCACCUCCUGGGCAUGACCAUAACCUUCCGCGACGAUGCCGAACUCUGCAUCUCCACGGCGAAAGAGUGCGAACAUGUCAGUGACAAGAUCCUGUGGGAAGCUGGUAUCAGACGUCAUGUCGACCCCACACGACCAGGUUUCGAGAAUUUGAUGCUACAUUUCACCGCAAGCGGUAAACUCUGCGUCGUUGACUCUAAAGACCCUCACUCAAUUUGGUACGACCUGACGCCACACGUUCCGUCGUACCUGCCACCCUCCGACUCCAAGCGUCCAUCGGCCCCACCCAUUGCUCAGCAUUACUUCCCCUGCGGGAGACCUUCUCUACGCUUCUUCUUACACGGCCUCUCCUGUCCGAGAAUGGAAGUUUGGACAAUAUAUCGCUCGCCCUACACCGGAUAUUCCUGGCGGCGGUGCGUUGAUUUGGACUCUGGCGCCGAAUAG